AUGGAUGGCUGCGCCGCGACUCUUAAAGAAGCAAGGAAAAGUUGUUCAGACGUUGACCCGAGCUUCGAAGUAAACAUAACUGAUCUGGAGAAAGAUAUCCACCACCAAAGAGAUGUCGCUCAGAAAUGUCUUGCAAAGGUCAAAGAGGCACAGGAGCGUCAAACACAACGAAAGGAGGAAGCGAAGGAGAGGGAAAACGCAAAGAUUCAGCUGAAAGCCGAUCUAAAGAAAUUGGAAGGUUUUAAAAAGCUUACCCUUGAAAAAUUCAUCGAACGGGUGUACAAGCAGUGGCCUCCCAAGGGGGUUGAUAAGUCCAAGUUGCGCAGUCCAUCUUCCGCGUCAUCGAAGAGUUCGACAAGACGGCUCCUCAUCCAUGCCAUUGCAAUCUACCAUCCAGAUAAGGUGGAUAAGAAAAAGCAUGGCGUAAAAUGGCAUGUUUUGUGUGACGAGAUUACAAAAUGUCUGAAUGCUCUUCUUGCGGAUGUGAAUACAUAAAUAUGUGGGGAAAAGAAACAGCGCCACAGCAGAGGCGUCGGUCCCGCGGGAAGGCAGGGGGGGGGCAUCUUCCCCCAUUAAAAUAUUUUGUUGAGGGCAAAUAUAUCGACUCCCCAGGGAAAAAAGGAGAUAAAUAUUGUUAUGAAGAAGUAUUGGAAAUCUCUAUAAGACUUGGCAUAAAAUUACUAUCUUAGAUUUUUUUCGACAACCCGAAAAUUUUUGACAUUAUUUUUUACUCCCCCCCCCCCCCCUAUCCGAAACAUGGAUUGCCGCCACCGGGAAAGGGGAAAGGCGAAUAUAAGCAGAGUGGUUUUGGUCGCGUAAACCUAUACCUAUGUUAUUCAAUUAAUAAGCCCCCCCCCUUCAGAAAUUAUUUUAUUUAUGUACGAGUUAAUGUAUCAUUAUAGACAUAUUAUUUUAUACACACCGUUAACCAUCAGAAAUGACAAAUACAUUGUUCCCUAUAUUACAGUAUGACAUACUGGAGACAUGUCAGCAUGUGACGUCACAGAAUGUGCAUUGCUGAUUUCUUAAUACCAAUAUGUUUCUUUUACCUCGUUUAUCAAAUCCAACUUAACGCUAAUGUGAAUACCACUCAAAAAGAAAAUGGACUAGCAAAUUGGUUCUAAUCAUUGCAGACAAAUGGGAUAAACUAAUCGGUUUGACGAAAAUGAAUAGAAUGGCUAGGAUUUGACAAGUUGUAUUUCAGUGUAUGAAUUCAAGCGCCCCCUCCCCCGUCAUUAUGCAUCUCACCCUUACGUUAAGAUGUGUAGUAAGAAUAAUUAUCAUCGUUUUCUGGGGUUGCCACGCAGUCAAGCUUAGCUUAUAGUGGCAACCCCUGCAACCUUCUAAUAAUCGAUGUUUUAAUAGAAAAUGCA